UCUUUCCAAGCCAUCUUCUUCUCUGAGUUUCCAAGGGAGUGUUAGCUUAAGGCCUUGCCUUGACACCAUCAGAUAUAAUCAGAGAAAUGAAAAAUGCCAUGGGAAAGAGAAAUGAUAUCUUAGCCACACUGUACAAGAGAAAUAGUGCCACUUCCAAGCCCUGUUUCCCGUAGCUUCUAAUGGAGCCAGCUCAGGAGGGACGUCAGCUUUGCUGGGGUUUGCUUUAAUAGGAGAAUUGGGACUGGUGACACUUGUUUCAAUGAAAGCAACAGUGUGAAUGACUGUAGCUUGCUGUCAGAAAUGGCCCUCUCAGUGGACUCAUCUUGGCAUCGGUGGCAGUGGCGAGUUAGAAAUGGUCUCCUCCAGUCUCCAUCAGAAGCCACACCACUGCUAUCCCCAGAGAAGGGGAGGCAGAGCCACAGUCUGACGCAGCAGCGGGUCGUGUUCCCCAACAACAGCCUGUUCCACCACGAUUGGGCAAAGGUCUCCGGGAGAUACUCUGGCAACAGAAUCUGCACGACCAAGUAUACCAUCUUCACCUUUCUGCCCCAGAAUCUCUUGGAGCAGUUUCACAGAUGGGCUAACCUCUAUUUCCUGUUCCUGGUGGUUCUGAACUGGAUGCCCGCCAUGGAAGUUUUCCACCGAGAAAUCACCAUGUUACCCUUGGCCGUUGUGCUGUUCAUCAUCAUGGUCAAGGACGGCGUGGAGGAUUUCAAGAGACACCGCUUUGAUAGAGAGAUAAACUGCUCCAACAUCCAGAUAUAUGAAAGGAAAGCACAGAGCUACGUGCAGAAGCGCUGGAAGGAUGUGCGUGUCGGAGACUUCGUCCAAAUGCAAUGCAAUGAGAUCAUCCCAGCAGACAUACUCCUGCUCUUUUCCUCGGACCCCAGUGGGAUCUGCCACCUGGAGACGGCCAACUUGGAUGGAGAGACAAACCUCAAGCAAAGGCGUGUGGUGAAGGGCUUCUCUCAGCAGGAGGUACAGUUUGAACCGGAACAUUUCCACAACAUCAUCGUGUGUGAGAAACCCAACAACCAUCUCAACAAGUUUAAGGGUUAUAUGGAAUAUCCUGACCAGACGAGGACUGGCUUUGGCAGUGAGAGUCUUCUGCUUCGAGGCUGCACCAUCAGAAACACGGAGCUGGCUGUUGGCAUUGUCAUCUAUGCAGGCCACGAGACAAAAGCCUUGCUGAACAACAGCGGCCCCCGGUACAAACGCAGCAAGAUCGAGCGGCGCAUGAACACAGACGUCUUCUUCUGCAUCGGUCUCCUCUUCCUCAUGUGCCUCAUUGGAGCUGUAGGUCACAGCCUCUGGAACAGGAGCUUCAGAGAACACCCUCCUUUCGACGUGCCAGAUGCCAAGGGCGGCUUCCUUCCCCUUGCUCUUGGGGGCUUCUACAUGUUCCUCACAAUGAUCAUCCUGCUCCAGGUGCUGAUUCCCAUUUCCCUGUACGUGUCCAUUGAGCUGGUGAAGCUCGGGCAAGUCUUCUUCCUACACAACGACCUUGACCUGUACGAUGAAGAGGCCGACUUGUCCAUUCAGUGUCGAGCCCUCAACAUCACAGAGGACUUGGGCCAGAUCCAGUACAUCUUCUCGGACAAGACGGGGACGCUGACCGAGAACAAGAUGGUGUUCCGGCGUUGCACCAUCACGGGCUGCGAGUAUUCUCACCAAGAAAACGCCAAGCGACUGGAGACCCCAAAGGAACUGGACUCAGACAGUGAAGAGUGGACCCAGUACCAGUGUCUGUCCUUCCCAGCCAGAUGGGCCCAGAGCCCAGCAGCAGUGAGAAGCCAAGGAGGGGUCCAGCCUCUGAGGAGGUGCCAGAGUGCCCGGGUACCCAUCCAGGGCCACUCUCAACAAAGGUCCGUGGGGCGCUGGGAAAAUGCACAGUCUCCUGUGGCCUUCAGCAGCUCCAUAGAAAAAGAUGUGACUCCAGAUAAAAACCUACUGACCAAGGUGCAAGAUGCUGCCCUGUGGCUGGAGGCCUUGCCAGACUCCAGACCUGCCAAGACUUCCCGCUCCACCACUGCCUCCAUCGCUGACUUCUUCCUUGCCCUAACCAUCUGCAACUCUGUCAUGGUCUCCACAACCACCGAGCCCAGGCAGAGGGUCACCAUGCCACCCUCGACCAAGGUUCUGGGGACAUCCCUGGAGAAGAUUCAGCAGCUCUUCCAGAAGCUGAAGCUUUCAAGCCUCAGCCAGUCAUUCUCAUCCACUGUGCCCUCUGACACUGAUCUGGGGGAGAGUUUGGGGGCCAACAUGCCCACCACAGACUCAGAAGAACGAGACGAUGUGUCUGUGGACAGUGGAGGCUACUCCACUGAUGGCGGCUACAAGAGCAGCACGUGGGACCAGGGCGACAUCCUGGCAUCUGGGUCUGACGCUUCCUUGGAGGAGGUGCUGGGGGCCCCGGCCCUCGACCUGGCCAGCCCUGAGCUCUGUUACGAGGCCGAGAGCCCUGACGAGGCGGCCCUGGUCCAUGCUGCCCGUGCCUACAGUUUCACACUGGUGUCCCGGACACCCAAGCAGGUGACCGUACGCUUGCCCCAGGGCAUCUGCCUCACCUUUGAUGUCCUCUGCACUCUGGCCUUCGAUUCUGUCAGGAAGAGAAUGUCCGUGGUUGUGAGGCACCCCCUGACCGGUGAGAUUGUCAUCUACACCAAGGGCGCCGACUCGGUUAUCAUGGACCUUCUGGAAGACCCAGCCUGUGUGACGGAGACGGAUGUAGAAAAGAAGGUGAGGAAAAUCCGAGCCCGGACCCAGAAGCAUCUAGACUUGUACGCGAGAGAUGGACUUCGAACACUAUGCAUUGCCAAGAAGGUUGUCAGUGAAGAGGACUUCCAGCGAUGGGCCAGUUUCCGGCGUGAGGCCGAGGCGUCCCUUGACAACCGAGAUGAGCUUCUGAUGGAGACCGCACAGCGCCUGGAGAAUCAACUCACCUUACUCGGAGCCACUGGGAUCGAGGACCGGCUACAGGAAGGAGUUCCAGACACAGUCGCUGCUCUGCGGGAAGCUGGGAUCCAGCUCUGGGUCUUGACUGGAGAUAAGCAGGAGACAGCAGUCAAUAUUGCCUACUCCUGCAGACUGUUACAUCAGACCGACACUGUUUACUCCAUUAACACAGAAAGUCAGGAAACCUGUGAGUCUAUCCUCAACUGUGUAUUGGAAGAGGUAAAGCAAUGUCAUGGACCACGGCAGCCAGACCGCAAGUUCUUUGGGUUCCGCCUACCUUCUGAGACACCUCCCCCCACCUCAGGAGCUACAGUGCCAGAAGUUGGAUUGGUCAUUGAUGGGAAGACACUGAACGCCAUUUUCCAGGGAAAGCUGGAGAAAACAUUUCUGGAGUUGACUCAGUACUGCCGGUCUGUCCUGUGCUGCCGCUCCACCCCCCUCCAGAAGAAGAUGAUAGUCAAGCUGGUGCGAGACAAGUUGAGCGUCAUGACCCUUUCCAUAGGUGAUGGAGCAAAUGACGUAAGCAUGAUUCAAGCUGCUGAUAUUGGGAUUGGAAUAUCUGGACAGGAAGGCAUGCAGGCCGUCAUGUCCAGCGACUUCGCCAUCUCCCGCUUCAGGCACCUCCAGAAGCUGCUGCUCGUGCACGGCCACUGGUGUUACACGCGGCUGGCCAGGAUGGUGGUGUACUACUUCUACAAGAACGUGUGCUAUGUCAACCUGCUGUUCUGGUACCAGUUCCUGUGCGGGUUUUCUGGCUCCACCAUGAUCGACUACUGGCAGAUGAUAUUCUUCAAUCUCUUCUUCACCUCCUUGCCUCCUCUCGUCUUUGGCAUCCUCGAUAAGGACAUCUCUGCGGAAACACUGCUGACAUUGCCUGAGCUGUACAAGAGCGGCCAGAACUCCGAGUGCUAUAACCUGUUGACUUUCUGGGUUUCCAUGGUGGAUGCAUUUUACCAGAGCCUCAUCUGUUUCUUUAUCCCUUACCUGACCUACAAGGACUCUGAUAUCGAUGUCUUCACCUUUGGGACAUCCAUCAACACCAUCUCCCUCGCCACCAUCCUCUUGCACCAGGCAAUGGAAAUGAAGACCUGGACCAUCAUCCACGGGCUGGUGCUCGUAGGCAGCUUCCUGAUGUACUUUGUGAUAUCCCUAGUGUACAACGCCACCUGUGUCACCUGCAACAGUCCCACCAACCCCUACUGGGUGAUGGAAGGCCAGCUCUCAGACCCCACUUUCUACCUCGUCUGCUUCCUCACACCAGUCGCGGCUCUUCUCCCAAGGUACUUUUUCCUCUCUCUGCAAGGGACUUAUGGGAAGUCUCUGAUCUCAAAAGCUCAGAAAAUCGACCAACUCCCCAAGGACAAAAGAGACCUGGCAAUCCAAAGUUGGAGAAGCAAACACAUGCCUGCCCCUGUCCCUGGAAAGGCUCAGCCCACCCACCGUCCAGUGCCACCUGUCCCUGAACAGGACUUGAGAGCCAGCGCCUCAAGGAGCUCCAGCACCCCCAAGCAGAAGUGCAAAGAGGACGGGGUGCUGUGUGGAGAGAGAAGCAGCAGAGACCACAUGAGGGAUGACCCAUGUUCAGCAGACUCCUCAGCUAAACUCUCAUCUGGAGAUCACCUUCUUCUGGGGCCUCGUAGCACAAUGGCUUCCGGGGCCUGCUCAAGUGGACAGGCUAAUGUCUACCAAGGCUCGAGCAGGGGCAGCCAUCGCCGAUCUCAGAGUUCACUGACCAUAUGAGUGGCCUGCAGAAAUGUGUACAAACUCAGAGGAGGCUGCCAGUCAGUGGCCUAAUUAAUCCAAGUCUCUUCCUCUCUCCAUGGAGGAAAGAAUUUGCCAUUCUUAUUCUGCUCUCCCCACCAGGCUUGACUUCCUUAGAGAAAGUGCUGGCACCAAGGGGUUCGACAAAAAAAAAAAAAAAAAAAAAGGACUGGAAACCAGUUGACCUCUAGAUUUCUCCUGCUGCCAGGCAGCACGUCUUACAGAGUUUUUAUAAAGAGGCUAUGUUUCCAUGGCAUUGAGUUCUCAAAUUGUUUAGCCCAGAGAUGUUCUUCUGAUCCUCUAGAUAAGUACAGCCCACGGCCCAGUGCAACUGGGCCGUAAGUUUCUAAGAUUCCAAGAAAUGUUAUCAACGCAGGUGAUUUUUCAGGCUACGGAAGCUUGUGGGCUUGUCCCAUCACCUCACCCUUCAGUGCCAGAGUUUAAAUUUCACAAGAGACGCAUACACACAGGGGCUGCCUCUUGAUUGUAUUGCAGUGUUGACCAUGUCGGGGUUAAGAAUCCCUUCCACUCACAAAGAGUUGCGUCGCUUUUUGUCUGUCUCUAAGCCAAAGAGAACCACCCGUAAAGAUGAAAACUAAACUUGACCUCAGGGCCACCAACACUUCUGAGGGUUGUCGGGCCACAGCUAGAGUAACAGGAAGAAAGAACAGAAGCAUGCUGAGGGAAAUGGUAGACCAGAAACCCCACGCUUUAACUGAUGGACUCUAGGUCCCACCGUCUGGGGAAUCUACCUAGACGACAUGGGCAGCACUUUUUUAAAGCUAUUUAUUUCAUUUAUUUUUAAAUAAUAGUACCCAUCCUCAUUCACUCUCAAAACAGGAAAACUCUUAAGAUCGGUAGAUCUUAGCACACCUGCACCCAGAACAGACCCUUUUGAUAGAGCAACUCUGAGCCCAAUGACAUCUUACCGGGUAGGGCCAAUGUUAGGCUCUAGUCAUUAAGCCUGCCCCAGAAGAGCACCUUCUGGAAGAUACUAGCACAUGCUUCCAUUAAAAAAGGGAGAGUCAGAGGAAGUCUCACUUCACCAGGAAACGAAGGAUUCCAUAGACUUCUUACCCCUAGAGGUGGUAAAUGCCAAAAAUGGAAGAAGAGCUCAAAACAGUGUUGAAAUAAAAGAAUGGUUGAUAGAAUUGUAAUAGGCUGUCAAGAGAAACUAGGUCUACUAUAUAUAGGCAAGGAUAGCCUGUCCCUAGUCUUUUAACAUAAGUCAGGGAGGACUAUCAAAACCCUUUCUCAUAUAUAUAUAUAUAUAUAUAUAUAUA